AUGGCCCAUCGCGAGCGACGUUUCCCCACGUUCCUGCGCCGUCUCCUUGGAGAAACAACCCAAAACACCUCGAUCCCUCCUCCAGACUUAUUCAAGACAUUAUCCUUCGAGUUGAAUGACGCGAGUCCCACUCAAGGAAGCAAGAACGAUAUUCCAACAAUCGGAGAAUGUGCCGUCCAUCUCGAACUGCUCGAAGUGUUCCGUAACCUGCGUAUCCAGAUCGUCCAGUCCAAGGAGUUAGAUCGCGUAUUCCGUCUCGAUUCAAAUCGCUCAUGGAUAUCGAAACAUCGUAGAGAAACACAGAGGGCGGAAAAGUGGCACUGUUUCGUGUCGCUUGCUGUUGAAAAAUUCCAGGUCUGGAUCCGUGCUGCGGAGAAGCAGCUUGAGGGUGAUGGAAACAAUGGAACGCUUAUACUUCCCCCUGUUGAUAUACUCAUGGUCUGGCACGCAUUCUUGCUCAAUCCAUCCAAUUACAAGGAAUUCUGUACACGCCAUCAGCUUGAUUGGAUUCAGGAAUUGCCUUUUCCCUGGCCUGUCAUCCACGGCUGUAUCGACCCAACCAACUGGUCAUUGACCCUCCCCAGUCCGAACAAACAAUGGCUCGAAUCUACAGCAAAGAUAACAACAGACCCUCUUGUCAGUCUCACAGAUACUCUUAGCAAUAUCCAGUCUACACCAAACCAAACAAACCAAAGAACCAUCCCAUCAAUAUCCCCAGAAAACGAAGCCCUCCUGCACAACGUUCUCCGCCAAACAGACUUCAUCGACCAUAUGCACGACUGUCUCUGGAUUCUCUAUCCCGAUGCCGAAGAGAUACUAGAGAGCGCUCGAAAACGCUACAACAACUUCGUUGAGUUAUUCCGUCUCCAUCCCGGCGUUAUGCUCGUCCCGACGUUGGAUAUAGAUCUAGUCUGGCAUACGCAUCUGUGUAGUGCGGCGCGGUACAGGAAUUCCAUGAUGAAAAGGGUGGGGCGGUUCAUCAAUCACGACGAUAAGUUGGGGAAGCGUACGUUGUAUGAUGGAUUUGAGAGGACGAAAGAACUGUAUGAGGAGCUGGAGAGUCGUGGGGCAGCUUAG